AUGCGUGUAUGUAAUAAUACUAUAUUUAAUGUUGUUGGUGAACCCAAUACGGUUCUGUCCAAUGUACGAUUAAUUAUUGAAACAGCGAAAUCUGCGAAAAAUAUUUGGGACUUUGUGAAAGAUUUUCCACCUACUUUUGCUGAUUAUCUGGUAUCAAUAGUUUCAAAAUCACAUGAUGAUCAAAAUGAAGAAAAACAUACAAUAUCAAAUAAUCAUAGUUCAUAUGAUUUUGUUGUUGAUCUUACUCGACCUACAGAUAUUUUUCGAAGUCUUAACGCAUAUCCUGUUACAUUUCCACAAGGAAAAGAUUUUUACGAUAAUAAAAUUAAAGAAGAUGGCAACCAAAUAUCUCGUUUUGUAGUUAAUGUUGUAGGUCGUUACAAUGUUGGAAAGACAUAUAUUUUACGGAUGUUGGCUAAUAUUAAUCUGGGUCAUUCGUUCAUUGAACGUACGAAUGGAUUGAGUGUAUCGUUACCAUUUGUAUCUCAGACACAAGAUACGCCCCUAGCACUUAUUGAUACAGCUGGAACACGAACACCGGUCGAAUAUCAUGAUAAAACAUUUUUAGAAAAAUCAUACGAACGUCAAGUUAGUGAUUCUUUUAUUCAAGAGAUUGCUCUUAAUUCGGCUGAAAUUUUCGUGCUCGUAGUCAAUCAACUUACAUUAGAUGAUCAACUCUAUCUAAAAACACUUUAUAAAAGAUUAAAGGAUAAAAAUUUGAGUGAAAUCGAUAUCAAACAGAAGCUUUUAAUUGUACAUAAUUAUUUCAAUUUACGUACAAUUGUCGAAGUUGAAGAGCCUGAAAAAUCUGAACUUAUCAGAUUAUUUGGUGCAUGA